AUGCCCUCGUCAUCGGUUCGUCUUUCUCACCCACCAUCGUUGUCACCAGAGAUUCUAGUGUGUAGUGUGGAUGCUGCUUGGAGCGCUGAAACCAGAAGGUGUGGUGUUGGAGGAGUCUUCUCUGGGAAUAAUCAUCUGUCUCUACCGACCCUUAGUGAAUCAAGAAACUCAGUAUCAUCAGCUCUUAUGGCAGAAGCCAUUGCUGUCCGUCUCGCUGUCCUUACAGCAGUCUACUCAAACGUCCGAUCCCUGGCCGUUCUAUCAGAUUCUCUCUCACUCAUCACAUUGUUGAAGAAAGAAGAUACUCAACAUGAACUGUUCGAUAUCAUGUUUGAUAUCUAUCAUGCUUUGUCUUAUUUUGAUGUUAUCUCCUUCCAUUUUAUCUCUAGGACUUUUAAUGGGGAGGCUGAUAUUGUUGAUAAAUCAGCUCUUGCUUUGUUGAAUGUAAGUUCCAGCGAUGUAACAUAA